AGCUUGUGAAAACACCACAAGAUUGGGUAUUUAUUCUUCUCUACCUGACCUUCCUUCUACUCAGGAUCUCUUUUCAUCCUCAUCCUCAACUUCAUCCCAUGAAGCUCCUCUUCAACUAUCAUUCCUACUCCGCUAAGUAAAUCAUGGCAAGCGUCAACGCCGCAGACUGGUGUAUUAUAUGCGACAAACCCAAUACUAGUGUUUGUAACAGAUGCAAAAGUUCCCGUUAUUGCUCGAAAGAGUGCCAGCACGCAGAUUGGCCUGCGCACAAGCUUCUCUGCUCAGCGUUCUCGAAAUUUGAUAUUGGAACACGGCCAAGCAAAGACCAUGUUCGAGCAAUUUCCUUCCCAUUUAAUAAAGAGAGACCCGAAAUUGUCUGGCUUCAUUGCCCAUGGCAUGACGACGACGAUGACGAUUUUCCUUGCCAGUUUCCCGCCUCCGCCCCCAUUGUGGGCAAAGACGCAUUCGGUAGAACCCUGCCGGUUCAAUACAAUCCAUUCUUACAGAGGAAACUCACCGAUACAAUCCAUAUCCUCCACCGCGAUGCCGCCCUCAUCGAUGGAUCGCUUCCUAACAGGAGCGUUGCUGCCGUAACUGCUACUCAACCAUAUCAGACCCUUGAUUGGCGGGGUCCGAUCCUAGCCUAUGGAAUGGUAGGACUAGGUGUUGAUCAAGUUGCUUGUAAAGACAUCGACAUGAACGACUUCCGGCACGUCGCCGACCACCUCGUCGCUUGUGGCAUGGAAUCGAAACCUGAUAUCCGACGGAACGUCGGCGAAAAAGUAAAAGGCGUCAGGAUUAAUUGUCUCGGCGAUCAGAAGAUGUUCAACAAACCCGUCUUCGAAGCAGUUGAGGUCCCAUCCACAGACCCAAUCUUCACAGAACACGAGACUUCUGAUAUUGCGAAACGCAUUGAGUUGCCCAUUUUCACGCGACGCUGUCGACCUUACGCUAAGUGGGCUAAUGAUGAGGAUAAUAAGAUUUUCCAAGGCGCUAGUCCCUUUAAUAACCAGCCAGCUACAUUCUUACAUCUUUGCUGUGACCCGAAUGCUAAGUUCAACGCUCGGACGGGGUCGAUGGGUUGGGGGUGGGCGCCUAUGCAGUGGCAGAAUGGUGCGGGGAGUGCUAUCAUUGUGCGCCAGGAUAAGAAACCCUUAUUCCCACUACACGCGGAGGCGCUGUCUAGGUAUUGUCAGUAUGAUGCUAGGGCGAUACUUGCUCAUUCAAUGGGGGAAUAUGCGCCAGAGGAGCCGAUGCAGAAGAAGACUGCGCUGGCUAUGGUUUGCCGGCCUGCUUUCAUUAUAUCCUGGUACAAGUUGCGGGAGACUAAGAGGAAGGAGGGAGAGGAUACUGAUGCUCCAUACCCCUAUUAUGAUGUUGAUUUCGACUAAAGUAUAGGUCACCUAUUUUAUAGUAGGGGUUAGUAGUAAAACCGCGACGAGUUGACAUGUUUAUCAUCAAUUCUUAUGUAUUCAACUACGCGACAAGAUCUAGCUUUAGCCGAAGAACGGCUCCCCACUUGUAAGUACGUCGUCAGGAUUGCAAGCUCCUCGUAUUAUUGUGAGAUGUUUCUACAGCCACU